AUGAAUCCUCACACCACACCACGCCCUUUUCCGGGCCGCUCAAUAGGGGCCGGUUCCAUCCAACAGCACCAAUUUCAACAAAAUCAACAAGCCCAGCAAUCGCAGCAACCGCAACCGCAACAGCAGCAACGGCAGCCCCUGGGCCCCCAAGUAUCCGCCAACGAAGAGUACGCAUCCAUCGCCGAUGAAGAUCGCGAACAUAUUGACGAAGUGUUCGACCUAAUGGACAUGAAGAAGAAGGGCUGGCUAAACUCGUACGAAUUCAAACACUCCCUCGCUGCCCUCGGCUUCGACAUGACCAAGCCAGAGUACUUCCGCGAACUAGAGUCGUACGGCUCCGUCCCACCCGACUGGCACGACCAGCAAUCCUGCCCCGUCAAUAGAUUCUACGUGUACCUCAACCAAUUCCGGUUGUGCGCGGCGAAGCUCAUCGCCAACAGGGAUCCACGCGAAGAAGCAGCCAAGGUGUUUGCCAUGUUCGACUACGACCAGGAUGGCUUUAUUUCGAUCGAUGACCUACGGCAUCUGGCAAAGGAGAUUAAAGAUGAGCGCACAUUGUCAGAUGAGGAGAUCCAGAGCAUGAUUGACCAUCUUGACCACGACGGAAAGGGAGGCGUGAGCCUGGAUGAGUUCAUGCAAAUGAUGGAGGAGGCUGGGUAA